CAACAAUACGGGUGUUUCGGAUCGUUAUAAGAAAAAAGCCAGCGAGGCCCGUCUCAGGUUCCUCUCUGCUUUACAUUUUAGUUUCGUCAAGAUAGCUAGAACGAAAUAUCGCAUCGUGUGCCAUUAGCUUUACUUGGAGCAUCUUUACUCAGCUUUACCUGAAUUCUACGUACAUAAUAGCAGAGGGUAGCGUCAGUUGCACACGUGAUGCUGUGUGAUUACUUAAAAACGUACGAAUAAAACAAAAAUGGAAAAUAGAAGCCAGGAGAGCGAGAACCCACAUGAAACAGUGAUAUUGGUUUUCAAUGAAGAGAGAUUCGAAGUUAAAAAGCAAAACCUAAUCGACAAAAGUCAGUAUUUUGCUGCGCGUUUGUCUGGAAACUAUCGAGAUCAUCUUCAGACGGAACUCGUUAUCGACUUUGAUAUUCCUUUGAUUUCGUUACAGGAUUUCAUUGAUUGGAUAAGCAAUGAUGACGAAAAUGAUAUAUCGGCAAAAAUGAUAAAUUACAAUACUAAAGAAUUUGAUUGUAUCCUUGAUCUGUUGAAGUUAAGUUGUAUAUUUGUAGCAGAUAACUUAGAAAAUAUUGUAACCGACUGGCUUGAAAAUAAUAUAUCACCAAAACAUGCAAUUGACAUUUGGUUACUAUCACAAGAAUUGAAUAUUAAUACGCUACGAGAUUGUUCUUUGGCUGUUUGUUUAGACCGUUUUGAUGAACUGCCACUCACAUCAAUUUACGAAUUGUCGAAGGAAAAUCUUCUAAAGUUAAUCGGAAACAUUAAUAUAAGAUCUUCAACGUCUUAUUUAAGUGACAUUGCACAAAAAUGGAUGAAACAUCAUGACGAUUUUACAAUUCCUUUAGAUAUCAUAAAAAAUAAAGAAACAAAAAUUUUACAUAGUGUUAUAUCGUACGAUAGAACACUAAAGAGUGAUGAAAUUAACAGUGAGCAAUUUAUUUAUUGCUGGGAUGGUAAAGAAUUUUUUGAACUUACCUCAUUCAAAUAUCCCAAAAAUAUUAUUGAUGCUAGUACUGGAAAAAAUGCAUUAAAAGGAAUGCAGAUUAUUUGCAGAAGAUACGAUUUAUAUCUUUGUGGUGGAGAAUUUGGAAUUGGUUCGGGAAAGUUUAACACAUAUGUGUGGCGUUAUUCUUUGAUAUCUAAGAAAUGGUAUUUGGAGACAGUUAUGCCAACUAAGAGAAGGCACAUGAUUGCUGCGUUUGUGAAAAACAAAUUAGUACUUAUGGGUGGUGUGGGACAGUAUCGAGAAAAACUGGAUAGUGUUGACAUCUAUGAUAUCUACACAGGUGAAUGGGUGCUGGAAUGUACGAAAAUACCUCGUCAAUUUGUCAGUGUUCCUCAACAUUUUGUUUUUGAUGAGAAAGUAAUCGUAUAUAUUUUUGAUAUGACUCUCUAUAUUUAUUCUCCUGAUAAAAAUGCAUGGGACAUGGAAUUAGAUUUUAUUACCCAAUUAAAUAAUGGAUUAAUAACGUGUAGGACUAUGCCAUGUUACUUUGAUAUAAAUUAUAAUGAAAACGAUUAUAAAGGUACUUUAAUUUUAAAAAUUGUCACGGAGGUAUACAACAAAGAAGAUAAUCUUAAAACAGACUGUUCAUUGCCAAUUUGUUAUAAUGGCAUUUGCCCAUGCCAUAAAGCGCAUAUAAUACAUCAAAAUCAUUUCGAUAUGAUUUACAUCCAUAAACGAAUAGACCCAUACAAGAUGUCAUUGAAUCCAAUACUAUUAUGUACAAGUUUUAAAACUAAACCUGAAAUGAUACAGUUUCAAGAUAUUCCCAUACAAGAAUGCCAUCAAAAUAAGAUUCUUUCGUGUUACACGGACGUACGUUAUAAUCAUCUAAUGCAUCCAGCUCAGCUGCACACGACGAACCUGGAUCACGCUUAAUUUGUGUAAAAACUUUCCAGCCUAUUUGUCUUGACACAUUUUGAUGAUAACAAUUUCAAAGUUGCCGGCAUGUUGCUGGCUGUCUAAAGUUAUGAAGGUAUCAAUUUGCCAACAAACGCGGACUGCUACAAUUCUGAUAACAACACAUAGGUAAUAUAUUUGCGAGCAGUAUGCCAGCAACAAACAUGAUGCUAUUUCACGUUGUUUUGUAAUAAUUAUUACAAAUGCCGAAUAAUAUUUAAUAAUUGUAUAAAUUUUACUAUGUAUAAGUGUUUGUAAAUAUAUGUGAUUUUUAUGUAAAACAUAGAUGAACAUU